AUGGGGAAUCGGAAGCUGAAGUGGACGGCGGAGGAGGAGGAGGCGCUCAUGGCCGGAAUUGCGAAGCACGGCGCCGGAAAGUGGAAGACUAUUCUAGUGGACGCCGAAUUCGCGGACAUACUCUCCAACCGAUCGAAUGUUGACCUCAAGGACAAGUGGCGGAACAUUGGUGCAAACCAUGGACAAGAUUCAAAUGUUAUUACUCCUAAAAAUGGAAGAGCAACUGCCACAAGUAUGCAAGAGCUUCAAACUAAAAUGUCACCUCAUGCUUGCGGCUCCAAAGACAAUUCCAAUGGCAAGUCUCCCCUAAGCCCACAGGAAGUUAACGAUGCACCAAAACUCAAUAGUAUGAUUCUUGAAGCAAUUUCAACCUUCAAGGAUGGAAGGGGAUCUGAUUUUGGUGCAAUCCUCGGGUUUAUUGAGAGAAAGUACGAGGUGCCACAAGGCUUCAGAAGGUCACUGAUUUCAAAGCUAAGGAGACUUGUUUCACAAGGCACGCUUGAGAAGGUAUAUUAUCCCCCCACUUAA